AUGUUGAUUAAGGAUGUUAGAGUUAUAGCGGAUGAAGCAGGUUUGUACAUGCCAGAUGACAUUCCGGCAUUUGUGGAGAAGCAUAAGAAGAGGACUGCAGUGAAGCCAAGGGUUUCCAGGAGCGAUUUGACCAGCGGAAUGAUUGUUGUUGUUUUAGAGGGUGUUUAUGCAGCAAAGCGAGUUGUGUAUCUGAAGAGCCUUGAAAACAAUCUUACACUUUGUGUAGGUCCUAGGUCGAUCAAUGGCGUUGGAUUGUUUAAGAUUGACGAGAGGUAUCUGCUUGCAACAUCCACGGUGCUAAAAAUUGAUGUUGAUGCAAAGAUUGAUUGCGAGAACGUGUUCUUGGCUGAAAGAGACGUUUAUGCUCUACCGAAUGCAGGUGCAAGCUCAACAGAGCAGAAGAUUGACGAGCAGGUUAUGAAAGCAGUUAAGGCAGUGGAAUACAUGAAGACAUAUCUUUCUGAGCAGUUUGAGAUUGAUGCAACAAAGGACUUUUAUUCUCUGAAGUAUUAA